AUGCGCUCAAUUCUGGCCGGUGCAACGGCUGGAGCUGUAGAAAUUUUCGCCAAAACCCGAUCACAAUUGAAUCGAAGAUUACCGGACGGGAAGAAGCUUCCAUGGCCGCCAUUCGGUGCACAGUGGUAUGCUGGAUGCACAACACUGAUAAUUGGCAAUUCCCUCAAGGCCGGAAUACGAUUCGUUGCAUUCGACGUCUAUAAGAACCUCUUAGCCGAUGCUGAAGGAAAGGUGUCUGGACCAGCCACCGUCAUCGCAGGCUUCGGUGCCGGCGCGACAGAGUCUCUCUUCGCCGUAACCCCCUUCGAGAGUAUCAAAACACAACUCAUCGACGAUCGCAAAGCUGCAAAGCCACGUAUGCGAGGCUUCCUUCACGGCUCGAGAAUAAUAGCACAGGAGAAAGGCAUAAGAGGAUUCUUCCAGGGCUUUGUCCCAACAACCGCAAGGCAGGCUGCCAAUUCAGCAGUACGGUUUUCAAGCUAUACCGCACUCAAGCAAAUGGCACAAUCCUACGUUGCGCCUGGCGAGAAACUAGGUGCCGCCAGCACAUUCGGACUCGGUGGGCUUGCCGGAAUUAUCACAGUAUACACAACCAUGCCCAUUGACACAGUCAAGACUCGAAUGCAAUCGAUAGAGGCACGAAGUAUGUACAAGAAUAGUUUGCAGUGUGUGACCAAGAUCUUCAAAGAAGAGGGUAUUUGGACAUUCUGGUCCGGUGCUGUGCCACGUCUAGGCCGGCUGAUCCUAAGUGGUGGCAUCGUAUUCACCAUGUACGAAAAAUCUAUGGAGUUCAUGGACAAACUCGAUCCUCAAGGAAGGUACAUAUGA